AUGUCUAUACGUCAAUAUUCAGAUCAGUCUUCUUCACCUGUGAAUAUUUCAAGAAAACCUUCUUGCCCCCAUAUCGAAAGAUAUUCUAAGCAAGGUUCGCCAGUAGCAAAGAUUGAAUCUUCUGCUUUCAAGAGACAAGUCUCAAAUUCCACACUUCAUUGUGACUGGUGUGAGACUAAAGUUCCAAGGGAGAAAAAGCCUGAUUCUAGUCAUUCCAUAUAUGUUAAUCCACGUACAUUAGAUAUAUGGUGUUAUCAUUGUUCUAUUGAAAUAAAUCCAUUUAAUAAAAAUGAAAUAUUAUCACAAGAGACUAGAAAUUAUUUGAAAACUGUUGUGAGAUGCCUGCAGGUUAAAAGAAACAAAUCACAACAUUCUAUCGAUCAAUUAUCAAUUGAUGUACCUGGAUUGGUUGGAUUAAAGAAUUUGGGAAAUACUUGCUAUGCAAGUGCUGUUCUCCAAUGUUUAUCUAAUACACCAUCAUUAAUAAAUUAUUUUAACUAUUGUAAUGCCUACAUUCCAAGAACUAUUAAUUCAAAGAAUCCCAAAUAUCAAUUGGCGGAGCCUUUCAAUCAAUUUGUAGAUGCAAUGUGGAAUGGUACCAGUCCAAUUUUUGCUCCCAUUCGGUUAAUGAAUGAGAUUAAAAGGCAUAAUGAACGUUUUAGAGGACAUUCACAAGAGGAUUCUGCAGAAUUUCUUCAUGCUAUUUUGGAUAAACUUCAUGAAGAACUUCCAUAUCCACAUAAUCAUUCGCAAACAAAUGUUAACAUAAGUAAUCAUGCAUUUGGAAAUAAUUCACCAUUAACAGAUUUUAGUAAUGAUACUAUGGUUGAUGAUCAUUACGCAUGUGGAACUUCAACAUCUUCAACUCUUACUCCAAGAACCUCUUAUGAAAAUGUUCAGAGGCGUCAUUCUUCACAAACUAGUAUAAUUAGUGAUAUAUUUCAGGGUACAUUGGAAAGCAAAAUUAAAUGCCUUCAUUGUAUGAAGGAUUCUUUGAAAGAAGAUUACUUUUACGUUCUUCCAAUUCAAAUUGAUAAAAAAUAUAAACUUAAAUCACAAAAUUCUGAUGGUUCACGUUCUACUUUAAAUACAUUAGUAGCACCUAUAGGUGAUUGGCUAGGUAUUGGUGGAAGAACCAUAAAAUUGCAGGACUGCCUUUCUGCAUUUUAUGCCACAGAAAAUCUUACUGGAGAAGACAAAUAUAGAUGCGAUAAAUGCAGAUCAUUGAAUGAUUGUCAAAAAACAUUAAGAAUAACACGUUUGCCUGAGCUUAAGCGAUUUCGUUUUGAAUCAUAUUUUUCUUCUAAAAUUGCUACACACGUUCAAUUUCCAAUGGAAGAUUUAGAUAUGAGUCCUUAUUGCAAGGAAAAAGAGUUAUUAGAUGACUCAAAAUAUAGUUUAUAUGGAUUAAUUCAUCAUCGUGGUGUGCUUGGAGGUGGUCAUUAUGUUGCAUAUGUUAAAAAUCCUAUUGACGAGGAUUGGUAUGAAUUUGAUGAUACUUAUGUUACAAAAAAGACUGCAGCCGAAGUAUCUCGAUUAGAAGCAUACGUGUUAUUCUAUAAAAAGACAAGUCCCAAAAAAGAACAAGAAAGGAAAGAUAUUCUUUCUAAAAUAAGUGAUUCUAAAGAUGAAGCGCAUUUAUUUGUUUCUCGAUUAUGGUUUAAUAGAUGGCAAUUUAUGAUGACACCCGGUCCGAUAACAAAUUAUGAUUUUAUUUGUUCACAUGGAGGUGUUAAUUUUAGACUUUAUCCUAAACUUCAUGAUAUGGUUGUAAGAAUACCAUUCGGAGUUUAUACUUCAUUAAUGGAAAGAUAUGGUAUAGAUGGAAGUCCACCUUUUUCUGCAGAUGAUUAUGGGCGUUCAGCAUGUAAUAUAUGUGAGCAAGAGGAAAGAACAUUAGAUUUAAGACGUCGUAAAGAAGCUCGUGACAUUAGUAGAAUAGAUACUAGUAUAAUUAGUCGUGGUGCUUAUUGGUAUUUAAUAAGCAACUCUUGGCUUCAAAGUUGGCAUGAUUUUAAAUCUGGGGGUUCAAUUGAUAACACAACUUUUCUAUAUGAAGACGGAAGGCCAAAACCUGGUAUGAGAAGAGCAAUCGAUUAUAGAGGAGUGAAUGUUAAUGUUUGGAAUUAUUUUGUACAUGUUUAUGGAGGUGGUCCUACAUCCGAAAUUGAUCUUUACUCUUCACCUUAUUAUUACCGUCUAAAUGAGUAA